GGCGCGGUGCGGGGUCGGUCGGCGCGAUCUUUUUGCUGGGGCAGGGUUAGGAUAAUGAUUAGCACACGUGGAACGACUGUAGUGGGCCCAGAUCCCGACCCAACUUGUGAUCAGGCCUGGACGACCCCGCCCAACCAAAGCCACGCGACCCACGAGAGGCCCACGAGGAAGUGAUAGCUGCUCCUCGUCCCCGGCUCCGGCUGCUCCCCAUCGCCGCCGCCGGCGUCAUGUCCUGCGGUGGCGUCUUCCUCGGCGUCGACGUCGGCACCGGCAGCGCUCGUGCAGGACUCUUUGAUGACAAGGGUAAGUUGCUCGGGUCAGCGAGCAGCCCUAUACAGAUAUGGAAAGAGAGAGAUUGUGUAGAGCAAUCGUCAACGGAUAUCUGGCAUGCAGUGUGUGCUGCUGUAAAAUCUGCGUGCUCGUUGGCAAAUGUUGCUCCCGAGGAUGUUGUCGGCCUUGGCUUCACCGCUACCUGCUCCCUUGUUGCUGUGGGUGCUGAUGGUUCCCCUGUCUCGGUUUCUUGGAAUGGUGAUUCAAGAAGGGACAUCAUCGUGUGGAUGGACCAUAGGGCUCUCGACCAGGCUGAACGAAUUAAUUCUCACAGUUCACCGGUAUUGCAAUUUUAUGGCGGGAGUGUCUCCUCAGAAAUGCAAGCUCCAAAGCUUUUAUGGGUAAAGGAAAAUCUGCAAAAAACUUGGUCUAUGGUAUAUAGGUGGAUGGACCUCGGUAACUGGUUAACAUAUAGGGCAACUGGUGAUGAAACCCGCAGCUUAUCACACAUGGAACAGUGGAGGGAAUCAAAUCCACGUGGUAUGGAACCAUAUGGAACGGAUGAAGUCUUUUGGGCAGAAAUAGGUUUGGGAGACCUUUAUGAAGGGAGCCAGGCAAAAAUAGGACACUCCGUUGUGUUUCCUGGUCAUCCUCUAGGUUCUGGUUUGACACCUACUUCUGCAAAGGAGUUAGGCUUGCUUACUGGGACUCCUGUUGGAACUUCGCUUAUUGAUGCUUAUGCGGGGGGUCUUGGAGUCAUGGAAAGUGUGCCAGAUGUAGAAUUGAAAGCUGACAUGUUUGAUGAAGAAGCAAUAUGCCAUCGCAUGGUCUUGGUUUGCGGAACAUCUACAUGCCACAUGGUUGUUUCAAAGAAUAAGCUAUUUAUCCCUGGUGUCUGGGGACCAUUUUUGUCUGCGAUGAUACCUGAGUUUUGGCUCACGGAGUGUGGCCAAAGUGCAACUGGUGCUUUACUUGAUUACAUUGUUCAAAACCAUGCUGCGGCUCCCCUUCUGGCUAAUCAAGCUGCUUCUCAAAGUAUGUCCAUUUAUGAGUUGAUGAACAAGAUAUUGCUUUCGAUGGCACAUGAACAAAAUAUGCCUUUUCUUUCUGCCUUGAGUCAGGACACCCAUGUCCUUCCAGAUUUUCAUGGAAAUCGGUCCCCUGUGGCUGAUCCAAAAUCGAAAGGGGUGAUUUGUGGCUUGACACUUGAUACAAGUGAAAAACAUUUGGCGCUUCUGUACCUAGCAACAAUUCAAGGCAUUGCUUAUGGUACUCGUCAUAUUGUGGAGCAUUGUAAUGCUCACGCGCACAAGAUCGACACCCUUCUUGCGUGUGGCGGACUUUCAAAGAACUCCUUGUAUAUCCAAGAACAUGCAGAUAUCACAGGUUGUCCAAUAAUACUGCCUAGAGAAAACGAGAAUGUGCUUCUGGGUGCUGCUAUUCUGGGUGCUGUUGCUGCAAAGAAGUUCGCUGGUGUUCAUGGCGCAAUGAAAGCACUGAAUGCAGCAGGGAAGGUUGUGCGCCCGUCUUCGAAUCCUAGGGUGAAGAAAUACCAUGACGCCAAGUAUCAGAUAUUUAGGUCCCUGUAUGAGCAACAGCUCUCCCAUCGCUCAACCAUGGCGCAGGCAUUGCACUAGAAGGGCUAUGUGACCAAUGAGGUGGCCAAUGAGCUGGAGGCUGCAUCCUUGGUACUCAAAACCAUGUAUUUGUGGAAAGACAUCAUAGCCCCUUUGUGGGUUUUGGUGGUAACAACAAAUUAUUAGUGGACUAACAUCUUAGCCCCUUUGUGGGUUUUGGAAGGUUGUCUAGCUUAAAUAAACAAAAAUGGCCACGUCGUUACCACCAAGUAUGGAACAAUCCACUCAUGUCGUUAUAUAUAUUCAGAUAAAGUGACAUGUUCUCGCUU